AGACGGUGUUGAUCGUUUGGAAUCGUCGCACAAUUGAGUGGAGUAGUGCAAUUGAGGUGGUUGUAUAAAGUGAUUUCACGGCAAAGAAAAGGAUUUUCUUUUGGCCCAAAUACAAUGCAUAGUGUUUGAUAAAUAGUUUAUUUAGUGUAUGGAUGAUAGUGUGCCUUAGUCAAUAUUAUCUAAAAAGUGCUUUUGAAGAGACUGGUAUUUUCAUGAGAAGAAACAAUGGAGGCUCUAUCGGAAAAUAAGAAACCGGCAAAUCCCCGUGAAAAAGCAAAUUUUUUCUCCUACCUUAUAUUCUGGUGGGUUCUGCCGAUAUUUUUCAAAGGACGCAAGAAGGAACUCGAGGAGGAUGAUAUCUAUGAGGCUCUCAAGUGUCACAAAUCUGAUUAUUUGGGUGAUAAGAUGUGUAGAGCAUGGGAGAGGGAAAUAGCUGUAAAGAAGGAGCGUGGCAAAAAACCCAGUUUACUCAGAGCUGCAUUAGCAGUAUUUGGGUGGAAAAUUAUGCUUCUUGGGCUGUUUCUGGCUGCAAUUGAAUUUUUGCUCAAGGUUUCUCAACCAUUAUUUCUGGGUGGUUUAAUUGCCUAUUAUUCAUCCAGUGAUGGUGUUAUUCGGGAUGCCUAUCUCUAUGCUGGAGCUGUAGUGCUAUGCAGUGCCCUAUCGGUACUUUUUAUGCACUCUUUUAUGCUCAGUAAUUUGCACGAAGGCAUGAAAAUAAGGGUCUCCAUGUGCAGCAUGAUCUACCGGAAGGCACUACGCUUGAGUAAAAAUGCCCUAGGAGACACUACAGUUGGUCAAGUGGUGAAUUUGUUGUCCAAUGAUGUUGGACGUCUGGAUUUAUCUGUUAUCUUUCUGCAUUAUCUAUGGGUGGGACCACUUGAGACGGUUGUUGUGACUUAUUUGAUGUACAGAGAAGUGGGUGUUUCUGCAGUUUUUGGUGUCAUUUUUCUCCUGCUUUUCAUCCCUCUUCAGGCCUAUCUGGGCAAAAAAACUUCGGUGCUACGACUCAAAACUGCCCUAAGGACCGAUGAACGUGUCCGAUUGAUGAAUGAAAUAAUUCAAGGGAUUCAAGUCAUCAAAAUGUAUGCUUGGGAAAAGCCAUUUGGGAAACUUGUGGAAAAAGCGAGAAUAAAAGAACUUAAAGUCAUCAGAUAUGUUUCCUACAUUAGAGGAAUUCUACUAUCUUUUAUCAUUUUCUCCACACGAGUGUCUGUCUUUAUAAGUCUGAUAGCUUUCGCUCUUUUGGGGAAUGUUGUAACGGCAGAGAAAGCCUUUGUUAUUACAUCGUACUACAAUAUCUUGAGGCAAACAAUGACGAUAUUUUUCCCACAGGGAAUUGCCCAAUUGGCUGAGACACUUGUGUCCAUAAAGCGUAUACAGAAGUAUAUGCUGUAUGAUGAAACUGAUAUAGCACAAGGUAUUCUAAUUGCAGAUUCAAGCAAUGAAUCCUCUAACAAUGAAUAUGAAAAAAUACCCAAUAGUACACAGUCCACGAUAACAAAGGCUUCUGAUGAUAUUAAAUACAUUGAUUCUCAUGAAUCUCUGUCAAAUCUCAAUUUGGAGAGCAAACCAAUGAUGAAUGGGAAUUUAAAUCCCGUGGGGAUUACAAUUAAGUCAUUAGUGGCUAAGUGGGAUCCUCUUGUGUCCGAGAAUACGCUGGAAGAUAUCACAUUGCAGAUCCAGCCGGCUAAUUUGGUUGCAAUCAUUGGACCUGUUGGUGCUGGAAAAUCCAGUUUGAUUCAGGCAAUUUUGCGAGAAUUGCCAGCCUCUUCUGGGGCUAUUGAUAUCAAUGGGGUUAUUUCGUAUGCCUCUCAAGAACCAUGGCUUUUUUCUGGCACAAUACGUCAGAAUAUCCUGUUUGGGCAGCCUAUGGACAAGAAGAGAUACCGCGAAGUGGUUAAAAGAUGUGCAUUGGAAAAAGAUUUUACACUCUUUGCCAAUGGCGAUAAGACAAUCGUGGGAGAACGUGGACAAUCCCUCUCAGGUGGACAGAAGGCACGAAUAAGUCUUGCUAGAGCUGUCUACCGUGAGGCUGCAAUCUAUCUUCUAGAUGAUCCACUAAGUGCUGUGGAUACUCAUGUUGGCAGGCAUCUCUUUGACCAGUGCAUGAGGAACUUCCUUCGUGGGAAAAUUGUUAUACUAGUGACGCAUCAGCUGCAGUAUCUGCAGCAUGCUGAUCAAAUUGUCAUCCUGGAUAAGGGGCGUAUUCAGGAUGUUGGUACUUAUGAGAGUCUCAAAUCUUCUGGGCUGGAUUUUGCCCAGUUGCUGAGAGAAUCAAAGGGUGAGGAUAAGCCUGAAGAAGGUGAAGAGAAUCGCAGUCGAAGUGGAAGUAAAACUUAUCAACGUCGAAUAAGUGAAACGAGCGUAGAGUCCCUAGAACAGACUCAUGAUACUCCCAUGCAGAGUGAAGAGGCACGAAAGGAGGGUUCUGUGGGAUUUGCCAUGUACAAAAAAUAUUUUCAAGCUAGUGGUGGAUUUUGUGCCUUCUACUGGAUGAUGUUCUUUUGCAUCACAGCUCAGCUGUGUGCCUCUGCUGGAGAUUAUUUCCUCACGUAUUGGGUGAAUAAAGAGGAACAGCGAAAUGUUGCCCUGUUGAUGGCAUCAUCGAUGGACAUUACAAAUGAUUCCUUUGUGAAUGUGACAGAACCAAUGAAUGUUACGAGUGAAAAUGAAGGAAAUUUCUUCGAUAGACUUCUGAGGUAUAUCGAUGGAUCAGGCUAUGAUAGUUAUGUGGAUAUCUACAUUUUUACAGCACUUACUGUGGCCACGGUAGUGAUUACGCUGUCCAGGAGUUUCAUCUUCUUCAAUUUGGCCGUGAGAGCUGCAAAAGUUCUCCAUAAUGCCAUGUAUAUGGGUGUUACGAAGGCCAGCAUGUACUUCUUCAAUACCAAUCCGUCCGGGAGAAUCCUCAACAGAUUCUCCAAGGACAUGGGACAAGUGGACGAAUUCCUUCCCACUGUUAUGAUUGAUGUUAUUCAGAUUUUCCUAUCUCUGGCUGGAAUAAUUGUUGUUGUUGCUGUGGUGAAUUUUUGGCUUUUGAUACCCACCGUUAUAAUAGGCAUUAUAUUCUACUUCCUGCGCGAUUUCUACUUGAUAACAUCGAGAUGCGUAAAGAGAAUUGAAGCUACAACACGAUCUCCCAUCUAUUCCCAUUUGGGAGCUACUCUUACGGGAUUAUCGACAAUUCGUGCCUUCCGGACGCAGAGGGUGUUAGUGAAGGAAUUUGAUAGUCUGCAGGAUCUCAAUAGUUCGGCAUUCUAUGUGUUUAUCUCGACGAGUAGGGCUUUUGGAUUCUGGCUGGAUGUCUUCUGUGUGAUUUAUAUUGCUGUUGUGACACUGAGUUUUUUCCUCAUGGGUGAUGCCUAUGGGGGAAAUGUAGGUUUGGCUAUUACUCAGGCCAUUGGGAUGACGGGAAUGGUACAGUGGGGCAUGAGACAAUCGGCUGAGCUGGAAAAUACCAUGACAGCAGUUGAGAGAGUGGUUGAGUAUCAGACUGUAGAUCCGGAGGGGCAAUUGGAAGCCGUGGGAGAUAAGAAACCACCUUCUAGCUGGCCAGAAGAUGGUGGAGUGAUCUUUAAUGGUCUGUCAUUGCGAUAUUUUCCCACAACUGAUGCCGAUCGAGUGCUGAAGGAGUUGCAGUUUGAGAUAAAACCACGCGAAAAGAUUGGUAUUGUAGGUAGAACAGGUGCAGGAAAAUCAUCCCUUAUCAAUGCCCUGUUCAGGUUGUCGUAUAACGAGGGAUGUAUUGUGAUUGAUUCACGAGAUACUGGAGGAAUGGGUUUGCAUGAUUUGAGAAAGAAGAUUUCCAUAAUUCCACAAGAGCCGGUUCUCUUUUCCGGCUCUAUGCGAUACAAUCUUGAUCCUUUUGAUGAGUACCCGGAUGAGAAGCUGUGGAAGGCAUUGGAUGAUGUGAAGCUGAAGACGGUGAUAACAGAUUUGCCGUCUGGACUGCAGAGCAAGAUUUCUGAGGGCGGAAGUAAUUUCAGUGUUGGUCAAAGGCAAUUGGUUUGCCUGGCCAGGGCACUGUUGCGUGAGAAUAAAAUCCUGGUGAUGGAUGAGGCGACAGCCAAUGUUGAUCCACAGACGGAUAAUCUCAUCCAAGCUACCAUUCGGGAGAUGUUUGCUGACUGUACAGUUCUGACAAUUGCUCAUAGGCUGAAUACCGUGAUGGAUUCGGAUCGAGUAUUGGUGAUGGAUUCUGGACGAGUGGUAGAAUUUGCAGCACCGUACGAAUUGCUCACGGGAAGUAGUGGUUCUGGGAUCUUUGAGAAUAUGUUGAGGGAGACAGGUAAGGGAACAUAUGAUCAACUUCUUGAGAUUGCUCGUAGGAACUACGAGAAGACGCAUCAGUCACAAGUGUGAUGAAUUUGAUUGGAAAGUUUAGAAAGACUAUAGGAGGAGUUUCAGAGCUAAAUCUCAGAAUCAUUCCUCGUGCGUGUUUAGUAUUAAAAGACGUUGGAGGAGAUUAGAACAGAAAAUGAACCUCCACUCCACACGAAAAUACUGUCACAUUGAUUAAUAUUAGUUUAACUCCUGAGAGUACCAGGAGUGAGCUGAAUUUGCUUUUCACCUGAGGCCAGGUGAAUGUUACAGAGAAGAAAAUUCUUAAGACAAAGAGACUUGUACUUAUAUUUCUUUUUCUAAAUGCAACAUCAAACUUAAUUAUUGUAGCAAACAGGGAUGUGCCUUUGUAAUCAUUCAUCUUAUCCUAUCAUAUGGUUUUUAAUUAGGAAUAAUUUUUGUGAUGUUUGUCUCUAUUCUCAAUUUUUUUUAUAUAUAUAAUAGGUAUAAAUUUUUUUUCUGAGUAGUACGUAGGUAGAAAAUGUUUAGAACAAAUUAUUUACUAAUACAAGAAAAAAAGUGAUAAUUUUGUAAGUCCCACAGAAAUGGUAAAUAAAGAGAUUUUUUGAGAGAAAAA